AUGGCAUCCCCAUCGCAGACACUCAUCGCCGCACUUCUUGAUCAUCUCAAAUCCACCUUCAACUGGAAAUCAACCUCAUGCACUUACGUUUCUGGCAGACUCUGCGCACCCCAUUGCCAGAAGAAAGUCGCCGAGAACACGAAUGCGCAGAUGAAGUACUUCCUUGCUCAAGUUGUCGAGUGCUACCCACAUCGCAUGCCAGAUGCCGUGGACAGCCUGGUACACCUGCAUGAGCAGACUCGUUGCAGCUCUCACACAUUUGGUGAGGAGCACAAAGACUUUCGACUGAGAGCCUGCUUAUCUGUCUUCCCAAUUUGGAUCGAGAUUCAUGGUUUCCUGCUGAGGAGCGAUGUCGAGGUGAGGGAGAUGUGCACAGCAUUGGGCCAUCUGGGGUCCCCAUCGUAUGCUGAGUUCGAUCUGGCGCUGCCCGACUUGGACAACGAACAGGAGGCCGGCGUAGGACAGGCUGGCAAUGGACAAGUCAUUCAUCACCACUCCGAAGCUACGGAUAGCAACCGUCAUGACGCCAAUCCUGGCGUCGACUUCGAGAACAAUGGCAAGAGCAAUCUCAUGUCCACAAACGACAUGCCAGAUGGCGGCGAACAACCAGCAGCAGUUCCUCCAUCUUCCGUCAGCCCUGCCUGGGACCCAAGCUUCGAUGAACUGAUCGUUUCUGUUGGCCCUGCCUGGGAUCUGAGCUUCGAUGAAUUGACCGGUAAUGUGCAGACUGUCUCUCUUGCCCUGACCCAAACUCACGCUCAGCCAGACUUCCCCAACUUGUUCGGCAGCCAAAACGACACCAUCAUGGGCAGCAAUGGCAUGGUUGACGGCAGUGAAGAUCGUGCAGCCUCGAAUUCCACUCCUGGCUCUGAUGCUCACCACUCCAACCCCGAAGCCUCGCCCACCAGCGUGCGCACGCUUGACGGUAGACAACACACCUAUGCUGGCCCUCCCGUUUGCACCAGCUCGGUCUCUUCAUGCAGCAGCAGCAGCACAGGAUUUCCCAGCAGCAGCGCCGGACCAGAAUUUCGGCCGACAACUCCAACUCACUCAUCAAUUCCGCCAACCUCCCCUCCUUCUUCUUCAGGCAGCACUAUCAUCGUGGCUCGACCCACCAAGAAGCGCGCCUUCGAAGACAACGAUGCUGAGGUCUCGCCUUCUCUUGCUUCUCGUCGAGCGAGGAAGACAGCUCGUCUUUGGAACUGA